GCUUUGCUUAUUGCUCCUUAAAAUUAGAACUGAACUUCCGCGUCAUAACUAUGUCCAACCAGGCAGGUCUCUUCAAGCAAGACUAUUCUGGUGAACAAAACGGUUCUGAGAUUUAUCCUCAACAGGUUGUUCCUGCGUUGGCUACCACAAAUCCUCCAAAUUAUACAUUUGAAGAUCUGACAACCCAACAUUUCCAGUAUAUGGCUCCUCAACAACAACAACAACAACAACAACAACAACAACAACAUGCGCACCAUAUACCUUUUAACCAGAAUCAGGAAUCACAUCCACUAGCUAGGGCAAGUUUUCAUGGAUCUGAAGGAGUUUAUGAUCAGGUGGUUAAUAUUCCUCAGCCAUCAUACCCGCUCCACCCAUUUCAUCACACCCCUCCACAACAACAUCCAUACCAAGUAUUUUAUGCUCAAAAUUCCCAAAUUACUCAACAACAACAAUCCGUGUACCCUGACCUGAGUUACCAAAAUUCUAACAGAAUUAAGGGUACAGUUCCAAAAGGUUUAUUGAAGGACUCAACUACUCGAGAAAGUCCUAGAACCGCCAUAAAUGCUAGGAAACCACGUGUGGCAACAACCUACUGGGAAGAUGAAAAGACUAUUUGCUACCAAGUCGAAGCACAUGGGGUAUUAGUUUCUCGUCGGCAAGAUACAAAUUUUGUGAAUGGAACAAAACUAUUGAAUGUUGCAGGAAUGUCCCGAGGUAAACGUGAUGGAAUUUUAAAGACCGAGCGCACGAGAUAUGUGGUUAGGGUUGGUGCUAUGAAAUUAAAAGGAGUGUGGAUUCCAUUUGAAAGAGCAGCAGAAAUUGCAAGAAAUGAAGGUGUUGAUACGUUGUUAUUUCCUUUGUUUGUUGAAAAUAUAAAAGAGUUUUUUGAAAAGAAAGGAUCUGCUUUGAAGAAUUGGGAAAGUCAAAAUAAUUCCACUGGUACAAUAGAAAGUUCAGAGACCACAACAGUUGAUGACUCCUCUAUGUUUUCCUCGGCGCACAAAUCAGGCCAAUCUUUAACCACUUUAGAUGACUAUACAAGCCCAAAGGAUGCAUAUAUGUCUAAAACAAAUAGUUCGCAGGAAUCAUUUCCUAAAACUACACUUAUAAAUUGAAUAGUAAAAAUCAAAAUAUGUAUUUGGAUCUACUUACUCAUGGUAAAUGGCAAU